GCGGCUAACACCAGGGCCGGCAUGGCGUGGCCCUGCAUCAGCCGCCUGUGCUGCCUGGCGCGCCGCUGGAACCAGCUGGACCGCUCCGACGUGGCGGUGCCUCUCACUCUGCACGGCUACUCGGACCUCGAGAGCGAAGAGCCGAGCCCGGUCGCCGCCGCUGCCGCGGGCAGGGGCCCGACUCCCGCAGGCGCCCGGGACCCCGGCCGGGACGUGCCGCUCACUCAGUACCAGCGGGACUUCGGCGUGUGGACGGCGCCCGCGGGGUCCAAAGAUGCGGCGCAGGGGCGCGGGGCCGGGCCGGGCGGCCGCAGGGGCAAGUCCUCCGCGCCCGGCGCCCGGGGAGUCUACGUGCUGCCCAUCGGCGAUGGGGACGCGGCUGCCGCGGCCACCACGUCCUACAGACAGGAAUUCCAGGCUUGGACUGGAGUGAAGCCCUCGAGAUCCACCAAGGCAAAGCCAGCCAGAGUCAUCACAACCCACACGUCAGAGUGGGACGGCGGCCCCGGGGCCAGCUUCCAGGUCCCGGAGGUGAGGAAAAAGUUCACCCCCAACCCCUCAGCCAUCUUCCAGGCGUCAGCACCCCGGAUUCUCAAUGUGUGAGUGCGGUGCCCAGGAGAGGGGUCAGGACCCACGGCCGCUCCCUCUCCUCCUCCCAGAAGCCCGAGGAAGGCUUCGCAGGGGUGUCUAACUGCUGCGUGUCCGUCCCACAAGGCUUCAGUGUGAGCAGUCCGAGGGUCUGCCUCGCCGGGAACUGCACUGGCCCGGGGGGCUGAGGACCACAGACGUGCCAGGCCCCCGAGAAGCCCACCAGGGCCCAUCCUCGGUGACUCUCCCAGGAUGCAUGAUGGCUUUAAUUCUAGAACCUAUGGGAACCCGAGCUGCUCACCUCGCAUCUGACUACACAUGACCCCACGUGUAGGCUGAAAGAAGUCUUAGCACCUGCAGGUGGCCCCUGGUGCUGCUGGGUAACAGGUUUUCGGAGGAAACAGGUGUCCGCCAGGGCUCGGACUGCAGACAUCUCCUCACGGCUAAGAUGAUCCUCAGGUUUCGUCGUCUCCAGCGCUGAGUGCCUCAGGUUUGAGGCUGAACCCCGCGUCCUGGGACUCCCCCGUACCGGAUGACUGCACCUGCAGCACUCUGGCUGGGAACUGGAAACUUUCGGGGAAGGAGGAAGCAUCCAACUUCUUCCCUGAAGGACUCUCACCCUCGCGCCUGCCCUGCUCUCAUGCCUGCCAGCCGGGAGCAGCUCAUCUUGUCUGGUGUCAUUCGUUAGAUCUGGCUUAUGAAGAGACCCCUCCCACUAACUCCACGUCUGAGCAAGGCGGAACAGCACAGUGAGGGACACGAGAAGCAAGACAAGUGUCAGCAAACAACUUCAGGACUUCAAACCCGCUCACCAAGGUCAAGAAGAUCCCAGAGCUGCCUGCUGGUACCACUCAUGAAUUCUCGCCUUCUAAGAGCCAAGACUUGCAGAGCCUCUUGGCAGCUCGUCUCUGCUGCUUUUCUGACUCCAGCCACGGGCUAGCAGAUGGCCCCAGCAUAAGGACCGUGUCCUGGGAGCACCUUCCUCCGGGCCUCGGCACAGCCAGACCUGCUGGCGUGGUUCUCUAACGCAGGGGCUGUUUCCCUCUGCCUUGGCUCUGAGGUAGCUGGGUGGGAUUAUGCAGUCUGCCUUGCCCAAGCUGUCAGGGAUAAUUAUGUCCUGAGUAAACAUGUACCUUCCAGUUUUUUUUUUAAGAUAUUUAUGUAACUGUAAUCCUUUAUCCUGCAUGGCUGCAAAUCCAUUCCAGAAAGAAUUUAAGGGAUCAAGUAGGAGCCUCUACCUGCACCCCGCCCCCAUAUUCUCUGACCUCCUUAUGCAGAAGAGCGAGGUAACUUCUUUAGGCUUCCAUGCCUGUCAUAAACUAAUCUGUUCUCUCACCAACCACACCGGCCACCUGGGCUCUCCAGCACUCGCCAGGUGACUCCACAUGCCCGCCCAGCAACCUUGAGAGGACAGCAGCCCGACUGCCGCACUACUUACUAAGCCGGGCCGUCCUGUGCCCCCGCGAGAACUCGCAUCUGCAGCGCCCAAAGCAGAAUUGCAGCUCGGAUUCCGUCACGUGGCUGCUCCUCUCACCCACAGGCCUCACGUUUUCCCUGGGCAGAGUGCACGCAGAUUUCUAACUGGGAGUAAGUCUGUCCUUCACCGUCCACACACGCAGCAUCUCCGAAGGAACGGGACAUCGUCCAGGGCACCACCGACCCUCCUCCUCCCUACCUCCCGGCUGGGCGCGUGCCUUCCGAGCGCUGCAGCCCUAUCUCCGGGCCUGGGCGAGUCUUUCUCCAGCUAAUGUUAAGGCACUCACAGGUGUUUCUGUCACACUUCUCUUCUCAGGAAGGACUCCUUCAGACAGAACAAGCUGCUAAAUCCACAGAGAACCAACGGUCCCAGCAGAGCCUGUCCAGGGCGGCUCCCCACGGCCACUCCACCUGGCACCAGAAACUCCAGCAGACCACACAAAUGGCGGCGGUCGGCUCUCUGCUGGGCACGCAAUUCGGCCAAGUCCCCAGGCCCUACAGACGCUGUCCGUUACGCAGGAAGGGCUGCGUGGGUCCCAGUCAGACCUUGUCCUUCCCGGGCCGGCGCUGGGAUCGGUCCCUGUGACAGUGCUCUGAUGCUCGCUGCCACUAAUGCUCCUGUGCGCCCAGAAAAAAGAAUCCAGCUCAGGCUGCGGCCUCCUGGGCCCCUCUGGCUCUCUCGGCAUACGGCACCUCUUACCACAGCUGACUCACCUAGGCUAAAAGUGCAGCGGCUCCAGGCCGAGGCCAGGCAGGAGUGGCGACCCCCUGGCUGAGUGCUGAAGUCCCUCCCUCUUCAGGGAAACUGCCGGGGGUGCCCGUAACCCAGCCCACAGAAAGGGUCCAGUUCCAGCCUGCCAGACUCACGUCCCCGGGAGCCAGGACCAAGGUGCCCCCUUGAGUCCACCCAGAGCAGAGAGGGCCUGAUACAGCCUGGCCCACCUCUGCGACACCCUCCUGGAACCUUUGCGGAGUGGAGAAAUGCAAGCCACAGAGCAUGUGUCCAUUCACAGCUCCACUCCAGAGUCUGGAACAAACCCCUGUCCUGAAAGGAUUGCACCUGGCACCGGCACUGGUGUUACGUGAAUCGGGGAGAGGCCGUGGUUUGGUGGCCAUGAUGUUCUAGGCAAAGGAAAGCAGCCUCCUCCCCCACUCAGAAGUCUUCGCAGCCCACAGGCUCUGGAGCUUCAUCCAUUCACUGGUCCUCGUGCAGGAUGCCCAUGUGUUUGUUCGUGAGGAAGUCCAGGAAAGGGAUGUUGCAAAUGGCCUGGUGAAUAUUACUCACGGUGAUUUCUUUGGGAAUCCUGGUUCAAAAAAACAGAGUGUUACUGGGUGUGACUCUCCCAAGUCUCUUUUCAUUCAGUUUACCAAGCGGGCCAUCUUGGCACAGACCUCGUGGGAGGGGCCACGGGGCCAUGUGUGUCAGGGAGGGCAGGGGCAUACUCGCCGUGCCUCUGGCCCUGUCUCUCUCUCCCUUCAUUAGUUCCUUUCAAAGCUGGUGAGAUUUAGCCUGCCCUGUCAGUCAAAUGUAACUUCCCAGUCAGACAGGAAAAGGAUCAGGAGAGAGAGAAGUGGAUAGUAGACCAGGAUAUGGUUGGCUUCUAAUUCUUGCUGAGUCAGAGCACCAUGGAAUUCUGGGCCCCUGCUACUUCCUGUGUCCUGCAGAGAUGGGGAAGAUGGAGUCAGGCCAGGUGAAUGGUGACUGCUGUCAUCUAGGGGCCCCAGCCCCAGGUCUGUCUCCACCUCCACUGUGGGGCCCACAGAGGCGAGCUGGCCCCAAGAAGCACACACCCCGUCUCGGACUUCAAGCAGGACAACAAGCAGCGCAACCGGACCCCUUCGUGUCUCUUCCUUUUUCUAAAGACUUCUAUGUGUGUUACAUCCUGGGGAGUUCCGAUUUAGGCCUGUUCAUGUCCUCAUGUACUUUGUUACAAUUUUAUAAACUUGUGACAGCACUAGCAUAAUGGAAUAAAAUAUUUUCUUUGAAAGAGAA